UGGAGUGGAACAAAGACUUCAAAGCACUGGACUGGUGGAGAGAAGAAGGUCACAAGUAUCCAGUCCUCUCUCGAGUAGCUCGUGACAUUCUCUCAAUCCCAAUCUCACGAGCCACGUCGUACCAUGCUUAUGGAAUGGACAGAAGAGAGCCUCCUGCGUUCGUCGUCUCCUUGGAAGCCGAAGUUGCCAACGCCAUGAUGUGCAGCAAAAAAUGGUUACGACUUUGACAGUCUGUCAAAAUUGGUAACAACAUUUCCCUUUUCUAGUUUGAACUUUUACCCUUUUGUGGUCUUCAUGAAACUCAAUAUCUAUGUUUUUCGUUUUAGUACUAUUCUAUCUACGCUUUCUACAGCUGUGCAAUCAGAGCCGGUCCUAGGUCUGUUAAGGCCAGAAGCCCAAAUAAAAGAAAUGGCUGAAAAAAAAACAUUGCUCCUGGAGGGACAUUGAACCCAUGAGCUAACGUAUUGAUCAAGUGUAACUAAACCACUACACUACGGACAUUUUUUUAAAAUAUUGUGGCCGGUUAAAUACUUAAUACAAUGGCGGCCGCAAGCAUGUGCUUCUUUCGCUUGUUUCCAAGGCCGGCUCUGUGUGCAAUGUUCUUUUCUGAAGGUUAUCUUUGUUAGAUUAAAUGAAAUUUUAAAAUAGAAAACAAAGAGUUCCAUUCAAGAUAUUUCAUUGGCGUUUUUAUAGUAAAAAUUUACUGAAAAAUGGAGAAAAAAGUGACAAGAGUAUGUUGACAAAAAAUGACGAGUAUUUUACUUGGAAAAUGUUGAGUUACUUUUUCUUUUAAACAAAAAAAUAUUGAGAUACUUUUUAAUAUCCAUUUACAUUCAUUUUAUAAUAAAUUAAAAAUCACUUUACAAAUACAAAAUAAUUCAGUUAUGUAAUUUUUUUUUAUUAAUUAUUUUGUUUGAUGGAUGGAAAGGCUUUAAUGCUGUAGAAACUUUAAAAGAAAAAUCAUAGUUAAAAAGUUAAAACAUGAAUAUUUUCAUACUACAGUAUAGUUGUAUCUUGCAGUUAAUGUUUUGAAUGAAACGACAAAACUGAUUUCAAAAUGGGCCGAAUAUAUAUUCUGCAUAUAUUCGUAAUUACCAUUAACGAAAUCACAAAAUCUAAACACAAUAUUUGAAAUAAUCUCAUCCGUCCAAUACUUUCAUUAUAAACCGUCCGAUCCACCGCCUCGAUAAUCAAACCUCGAAAAAGCAAAAAACAUCCAAUAACUGAAAGCCACGUAGUAGCUAUAACCUUCCCGCCUAAAUCACAAAUAAAGAUCUUACAACAGUAUAGAGAAAAUCGGAACCGUCUCUGUAUUUAACCUAAACCCCUCUCUCUCCCCUUCCUCUCCAGUCUCCACACAGAAGAGCAACCUUUGCUAUGGACAACAACAGUGAUCUCGAUUCCAAUUCCGGCUCUGAUUCAGAAACGAGGAAGGAACCAAACAUAGACGUUCAUGUGGAAGAUACUGUAGACGACACUGUUGACGAUCUCAUGGACGACUUUGAAGAUGAUGAUGAUUUUGAGGAGGAGGAGGAGGAAGACAAUGAUGAUGAUGACAUGGUUGAGGAUGAGGCAGAUGGUGGUCACAACCCAAUGUCGAACUGGUUAGGAAUCACUCCAGCUUCCAUCAGGAAAGAGGUCCUCAAGAUACACGAAGAACGCAAACUCAAAGCCAAGAGAUUCCUCAACGACUUUCAAGGGAAGCUAACCCUCUCUUACGAGUGGCUGCUUCUCAACAACCAAGGCUACUAUAGAGGCCCCAUCAAACACGAGGACUUCACCUGUCUGGCUGCUCAUUUCAUCGAUGAUAACUGGAAGGUCAGGAAAUGGAUCCUCGGCUACACCACCGACGCGUCCGUACCUUUAAAUGAUGUCUACAUUCACCAUUUUCGAACAGCUGUUCAGAGCUUCGACAUUCAAAACAAAGUCUCUACUAUACUGCUCCCUAACGAUGAGGAUUUCGAUGAGAAGACGGUUGACGCUAUCAAGAAAUGUGUGGGAGAGGGAGGGGUUAACCCGCCGGUUUUCGUGGUGUACUGCUGUGCUGAUCUGUUCCGGUUGAUGGUUGAUGGUUUGUGCAGCGGGUUUAGGUGGACUUUGUACGAGGAGCUUCGUAUGUUGGUUGGGUGGGGGAGGUGUUCGUCGCCUAACUGGGAUUUGAAGCUGUAUCAUUACCAGCGAGCUGUUGAUAUGCAUAAGGAGGAUGCGUUCUCCAAGGAUGAGAUUUAUGAUGAUUAUGAUAAGCCGUCUGAUGAGGAGUGGGUGAAGAUUGAGACGUUUUGUAAGCUCGGUGGGUGUGUUUAUAAAGUGGCUAAGGAGCUUUUUGAGGAAGGGUGGGCGACUUCUAAUGUGUAUUUUCAUCUUCUUGCUGAGCUUAAGGUGAUGUUGAAGAUGGAGGUUGAUGGUGGUGGUGGUGGUGGUGGUGGGAGUGAGUAUUUUCUCCGGAAAGCUAAGAAGGUGUUGAAGAUGUUUGAUAAGUAUUGGAGUGGUAUGUUUUUGGUUUUGGCUGCUGCUUGUGUGUUGGACCCGAGGUUCAAGAUGAAGUACGUUGAGUUUUACUGCUCGAAGAAGAUUGAGGAUGAUGAGGGAUCAAAUGCUGAAGCUGUUUUGGAAUAUUUGCGCAGUCUGUUUGCUCGCUAUGCAGCUAGUGAUAUCUUUAAGAAACCAAUAUGUUCUGUUGAUACAGUUGACCAUGAAGUGGAUGAAGAAGAUGAGGAUGAAGAUUGUGUUGAUGAUGAAGAGGAAGCAGAUAAGGAAGAGAAGGAGAAGCCUGAUGCGUACAAGGACUUUGUUUUGUUUCAAGAGUUUCUCAAGUUUGAAGGAUCAUCUUCAAGAGAGCUUGGUGAAUCAGAGCUUGAUGCCUACCUCAAGGAACCGAUCAUGGAGUGGAACAAAGACUUCAAAGCGUUGGAGUGGUGGAAAGAGAAGAGCCAAACUUAUCCAGUACUCUCCCGUGUAGCUCGUGACAUUCUCUCUAUACCGAUCUCACGUGCCACGUCUUACGAUGCUUAUGUUUCGGACAAAAGAGAGCCUCCUGAGAAUGUUCUGUCCAUGGAUGCCAAAGCUGCUAACGCAGUGAUGUGCGGCAGAAGCUGGUUACCACUUAUAAGAUAGUGUGACCAAAAUGGUAAGACCUUUUUUCUUUAUCUCUAUUAAGAACUUAAAAUGCUUUUGUAUCCUUCGUGAAACUUAACAACUCUGCUUAUUAUUUUGGUUUUGGUACUUUGGUUUCCUAUUUCUAUAUCAGUAGCAUGUUCUUUUUGAA